AUGCCAAAGCCCGGGCGGCGGGCGCGGGCGGCGGUGCGCCUAGUUGACAGCAUGCUCAACGACUCCGUCACCAAUAUCUCCGACCUGGCGCUCGGCCCCGAUCUGCCCACCAGCCCCUACAGCCUCGCCCAGAAAAUCGUCAUCGCCAUCGUCGCCAGCGUCCUCUCAGUCCUCACCGUCGUCGGCAACUCCAUGGUGAUGAUCAGCUUCAAGAUCGACAAGCAGCUGCAGACCAUCAGCAACUACUUCUUGUUCUCCCUCGCCGUCGCCGACUUCGCGGUCGGACUGAUCUCCAUGCCGCUGUACACGAUGUUCACCAUCUACGGCUACUGGCCGCUAGGGCCCUACAUUUGUGACACGUGGCUCGCUCUGGACUACCUCGCGUCCAACGCGUCGGUUCUCAACCUGUUAAUUAUAAGUUUCGACAGAUACUUUAGUGUGACGAGGCCCUUGACGUACCGCGCCAAAAGGACUACACGUCGCGCCACGGUCAUGAUAGGGAGUGCGUGGGGCUUCAGUUUGGUGUUGUGGCCCCCGUGGAUUUACGCGUGGCCGUACAUCGACGGGGAAAGGAAAGUGCCCCCCCACGAGUGUUAUAUCCAGUUCAUAGAGACGAACCAGUUUAUUACUUUCGGGACGGCCAUCGCGGCGUUUUAUGUGCCAGUGACGGUGAUGUGCAUAUUGUACUACAGGAUAUGGAAGGAGACUAAAAAAAGGCAGAAGGAUCUGCCUAACUUGCAAGGAGGGAAGAAACACGACUCGUCGAAGAGAUCUAACUCAAGCGAUGAGACCCGCGAGAUCGACGGGCGGGCGCGUUCCGAGUCCGGGGACACAGACUCUGUGUAUCACGUCAGGGGAGCGCUGCACGACCCUCGGUGGAGAGACCACCAGUCAAGUUCCUCUCGACGCCCCAAGCGCGGCUGGCCCGCCGUGAGGGCGUGGUGCGUGGCGUGGUGGCACUCCGGCAGGGAGGACCAGGAGGACACCGAGCCGGAGGAGGAGCCCUCCGACCCGGGGUAUGCCACGCCCGUGUCUGUGGAGACGCCGCUGCAGAGCUCUGUAUCCAGAUGUACGUCGUUAAACGUCAUCAGGGAUCCAUACGCCACGCGCGGCGGCUCCGGCGGCUCCACAGGUCCUGACGGAGGAACUUCCCCCCUCCGUAGAACCUACGACCCUCCCCCUGGCAGCAUCCCAGCUGCCCGGGACAGCCGGUCCCUCCCACCAAACACAAGAAUCAACUCUACUACCUCACCAGCACCAAAAUCUGCCUCUGCCGACUCUGUCUACACCAUCGUCAUACGCCUACCUGACGCGGACUCUGACAGAGCGACAAUCAAAAUGAUCACCGAAGAAUCACCACCCACCAACACGAGAACGCACUAUCGACCGCCUACGAGGGGUGAUUCAGAACUGAAUCUCCACCCAGCCGGUCACCCAGCGCUCACGAGAAGGACGUCUCACAUACAAGACGUGAGAAUACCUUUAAAUGCAAAGAUUAUCCCGAAACAGCUAGCUGGGAAGGGGAUAACCUCGAAACAGCCGAAGAAGAAGAAAACGCAAGAGAAGAAACAGGAAACGAAAGCAGCGAAAACGCUUUCAGCUAUUCUCCUAUCUUUUAUUAUAACUUGGACGCCUUAUAACAUUCUGGUGCUCUUGAAACCUUUGACGGCGUGCACGAGGUGCAUACCUGACGAGCUCUGGUCUUUCUUUUAUGCUCUGUGCUAUAUCAACUCCACGAUAAACCCUGUAUGUUACGCUCUGUGUAACGCCACGUUCAGAAGAACAUACGUUAGGAUCUUGACUUGUAAAUGGCACAACAGAAAUAGAGAAGCGAUGACUAGAGGUGUGUACAAUUAAUUUGAUAGGAAAACUUGGUUUUUGAGCUUCAUGGUGUAUUUGGUGCGUAGGUUAUC